GUAAAUGUAAUUUUUCAUUCUGCCUUCAAAGGUAUUUUGUGUAAAUCAGUAGAAAUUGAAUCCCCCACUCUUCUGUUAUGGUGUUGUUAUAUGGUAUCCCAUUGAUUGAAAGGAGUUAACUCUUACACAGGCGAGCCUUUUGAAUGCAGUUGAGCAAUGACUCAGCAUCCAUCGAUAGUCAUGAUGGUGCUGCUUUUAGUCGUGAGGUCGGGCACUGCGGGGUUUCCCUUUCGCAUGAACUGUGUGGGGGUCUGAAUGAGGCAACAUUAACCCCUCACUUUCCACUCCAUCUUGAGGUCGAAUGCUUUUCACGCCCUACCUGUGUAAAAUGGAGGCACUGAGGUAUAAAGGGUAGAGGUAAAUCACUGUGUGAGAAAAUCCCACUCAGUACAUCCGAGCGAUUGGAAAACCCCAGCCUUUCAGGUUAGACGCUUAAACCUACUUAAGUUGUUACAUUUCCAGUUCUCUGUUGCAAAGUUUUGAUUCGUUUUCACAGUUCUGCUUGCUAUGAAGUGCUGUGCUCAGCAGUGUUUAUCACAUGGCUGUUUACAUGGAAAAAAAAAAGCAUGGUCAAUGGCCGCCACAAGAUACCUCUAAAAUUCGUAGAAACAAAUUAUUGUCAUUUUGAAGUGUCUCGAGUGUCAUUUGACAGCAUCAGCUUGUCGUCUGUUUAAUUUAUUCAGUGUUCGGCAAGCUACUUUGAAAAUUUGGAAUUUAGCUACAAGCUAACUACAUAAAGGUAUUUUAUAUAGCUGUUUGAAAAGUAGUUAGCUACUACAAGUUGUUAACUACAUUCAAGCUAUGCAUAACUGCAAACUUAUGCAUAACAGACAUUGCAAUAUAUUUACACAAAUUAGCUGUAUUUAUCUGCCACAUAAACAGCAAGGGGUUUCUGAAAGAAUGACUCGCUCGCUUAAAAACAAAACGCCUUGAUUUAUACAACAGUUGCAAACAUAGUGAUAGCAGCCUUUAACUAAAUAUUACGCCAUUGAAAACAAGACCUAAAAUGUUGGGUAGGAACGUUGAAUAUUGUUGUUUUUUUUCCUGUGUCCGAAAGAUCCAAUUCUCUAAAAACAUCCCAUUGCCACUUGAGGACGAGCUUUUGAUAGCAUUAAUUAAUUCUGCAGUACAUCUAUGUACACGAUUCAAUACAUUUUGUGUCACUACAUGUUGCUUGCUGGACAGUGUGGUUUGUCGUCUUAUUGAAGAAGUGAAUUAAAUUAGUAACGUCGCUUGUAGUUAAUUUCUGCCCGACUCUUUAGUUGUCAAAACAACAAUCGAAUUGAGAGGUAAAUCUCCAAACGAUCAGCUGAAGUAUUUUUUUUGUUUGUUUUUUGCUGCCUAACUCAUUAUGCACUCCAGCUAUGACUUAACUGUGACACAUAUAUGAUGAAAUUCUAUGUGAUUCGGAAAGUACUGUAUGUUUGUGAAUUUUGCCAGUGCGAUUAUUAUUAACACCCUCUCCACUAUGUGGUUAAUAAUCAUAGGUUAUUACGGUCUCCUUUUUUAAUGUGAGUCAUUGAAAUGUGAUUUUUUUUUUUUUUUUUUACUCUACAGUAAUAGCGUGCAUUCACACUAAAUUUCAGGUUUGGUUGGGCCUGUAUCCAUGAGUGUGCUCUUGCUGGAGGCGUUCUAUGGUGGCUCCCACAAACAGCUGGUUGAUCUUCUCAAGGAAAGUGUUGAAGACUGUGUAAGCUUCACUCUGCCUGCAAAGAAAUGGCACUGGAGGGCCAGAACUUCUGCUCUGUACUUCAUGCAAGCAGUUCCAGCAAGUUCCUCGUACAGGGUUUUGUUUACCAGCUCCGUACUCAAUCUUGCUGAACUUGUAGCCCUGCGGUCUGAUCUCGCCCGUCUAAAGAAGGUCCUCUACUUCCAUGAGAACCAGCUGGUCUAUCCAGUUCGCAAGAGCCAAGAAAGAGACUUCCAAUAUGGCUACAACCAGAUCCUCUCAUGCCUGGUUGCGGAUGUGGUGGCGUUCAACUCCGCAUUCAACAUGGAGUCUUUCCUCUCCUCCAUCUCUACCUUCAUGAAGACCAUGCCUGACCAUCGGCCCAAAGAUCUGGACCGACUCAUCCGGCCCAAAUGCUGUGUCCUUCACUUCCCGAUUCGCUUUCCCGAUGUCACAAGAUUCCUCCCUGCACACAAACGUCUCAGGCAUUCAGUGCGGUGUGAUGAUAUCCACGCUCCGGCUACUCAAAGCCACGUUCAAACAUCAGCUCCAAGUUGUCCAGAGCUCACAAUAGACUCAGAGCCACCUGAGAAGAUUGUCAAUGUGGCAGGACCACAACAGUCCCUGGAGCCGAUGAGUGUCACACCACGUCAGGAGACGUUGCAGAUUCAGCCCAUGUCUCGUCCAUGUGGCGAUGAGAGAGGGAAUCUUCAGCCACUCCACGUAGUCUGGCCACAUCGCUGGGAACAUGACAAAGACCCACAGCUGUUCUUCCAGACCUUACUGAAACUCAAAGAACGACAGCUGAGCUUUGAAGUUUCUGUCCUGGGAGAGACCUUCACUGAUGUUCCAGACAUCUUUUUAGAAGCCAAAGAACAGUUGGUUGACCACAUCCAGCACUGGGGUUUCAUGCCCAGUAAGGAAGAUUACCUCAAAGCGCUGUGCCAAGCAGAUGUCGUCGUUUCCACGGCCAAGCACGAGUUUUUCGGAGUAGCAAUGUUAGAAGCGGUCCAUUGUGGUUGUUACCCUCUGUGUCCGAAGGCUUUGGUCUAUCCUGAAAUAUUCCCUGCAACAUAUCUGUAUUCAACACCUGAACAGCUGUGUAAAAGACUACAAGACUUCUGCAAGCGUCCGCAAUUAGUCAGACACCAUGUUACGCAGGUGAACCUCCACGCUUUCUCCUGGGACACUCUGGGGGACAGUUUCAGAUCUCUCCUGGGAGCCGACUGUGACAGGAUGUUAACAGAGGAGCACAUGUCAUGACGUGACCCCCAAGAAAUACAUUAUGAUUUAAUCUCCAGCCUCAUUGUGAAAGAGUGUUUAUGACCCGUAAAAUCCUCUCUACCUCUCGGCUAUUAUUUAGGAAAAACCUGUAUAUGUGAUUUUAAUGUUCUCAUGCCGGAAAAAAGCAACUUUAUAUUUGUGGUUAAUGGAAAAAAAGAACAAUCAAAAAACCUGAAACCGCUUUCGUGUUGCGCCUAGGCGGGCCCACCUCAUAUUUCGGUUCAUAUCCAUUUUUAUCCUUUGUGCCGGAGGACUCCAGCCUGGAAUUCUGGAGUCUUUGGUUCCCACUCCGACAGAGCGGCAGCCAAGUUGCGGCUUGAAAUGUUGUGGGCUCUCGCUCCACCUGAGGUUGCCAGGUUGUGACAAAGUCCCCCGAGGCUCAGUAAAGGUUGAUGCAAGGCUUCCCCAUGACUGUGGCUGAAUCUAAAUAUGGUUAUUUUAUUUUCCUUGCGUCGGAGAUCUGGCUGUACGUUGUAACCGGGAACCCGCUGCAUAAUUAAGGGGGCAUGGUAACUAGCUAUUUAUAUGUUUUUGCAAAAUGUAAAAUCUGGGCAAACUAACAAUGGCCUGUCAGAUUUUCCAUUAAGAUGUAAG